AUGGCUAAGUUACUAACGUUAUGGGUUUUUUUAGGAAAAAUAUUUCUUGCGAUUUGUCAAAAUCAAUUUAUGGACGAGUCCAUAGGGGUACAACAGCACCAACCUAAUGAAGAAGCUCCGGUCUAUUCCUUUGGUUAUGGCGUUGCUGAUACACGAACUGGAGAUGUAAAAACUGUUUGGGAAGCCAAAGAAGGUGACACUGUGAAAGGUCAUUACAGCGUAAUUGAGCCAGAUGGGUCGAUGAGGACUGUAGAAUAUUCUGCUGGACCAAAAUCUGGUUUUACUGCAGUUGUUAAUAAUGAAGAUUUUCCGAUGGAAGCAACGGCUGAAGAUGGCAAAAUGGAAGACAAAGCACUAAGAGACUAUGAUAGAUAUUAUGAUUUUUCAGAGGAUGAAGAUAUAGAAACUUCUUUUAAAACUAAUGAAAAAAAACGAAAUCGAAAUCCAUACGACAAAUUAUUCAAAGAUUAUUCAUUAAUGAAACGACCAAAAUACCCUUCUGACUCAGAACCUAGUGAGUACACUCAUAGUUUUACUAUAAAUCAUCCUCGGGACGAACUAGAACCCGAAGCAAGCGCUCAAAGUCAUGUCGGAUUUAAGUUUGAUCCAAAUUGUAAAACAAGAUACAAGAAAAUAAAAAAUAAUUUGUACAAUAGUGGAAACUUAGACUUCCGAAGGCAAAAAUAUCCAUCUCUAACAUCUGAUACUUACGAUAGUGGUUACGAUAAAUAUGUGAGUGACGCGUCUAAUAUGGAAAAGUUAAUUCACAAGUAUAAGCAUAAUGAUGAAUAUACACCACCAAAACCAGAAGAAUAUGAUUGGCCAUCAACAAAACAUAGUUAUUCUGGUAUACUAGAGUCUCCUCAGGUCGAUAAUACUUAUAAUGAUUACACACCUCCUCGACCUAAAAAAAAGUAUAAGCCUGUAAAACCUCAAGAACAAUACACUAAUGAGGAACUAGAUGAUUAUAUUUUAGUUCCUAAAAGGAAACACAAAAAUCGUCCGCGAGUUGCAGAACCCGAAUAUGAACCAGAAACAGAGGAUGAAGUUGAUGAGAGUUAUGAAGAUGACCGAUACCGUAGACCUCCCCGAACGCCUGCUCACAAGGAAGUCGUACGAAAAAUUAUUAAAAAGAAAAAACCUGGCAUAAAUAUUUUAGAUAUAUUUGACAUU